GUGUGAGAAAUAAAGCCGCCGCGCAGCGAUUGAUGUGUGUUUCUAUAGUGACGCAGCGAGCUUUUACUAUAGCGGGCUACAGCUUAGCAUCUGCUCAGGGAUAGCUGGAGUAGGUAGGGUAAUGUCCGCGGUAGGGUCCAACAUAAUGACCUACCAAAUGCCUACCGCCAAAGUAUUCAUAUCAGAAGGAGGUUUGAGCUAUGGCCGCCUUGCUCCUGGACACCCAACGCACAGUACCUUCGGGAUUGGAGGACGUAUCGCGUUAAGGCCAAGUCAGAUAAGGAAGUUCCCUUUAAUGCUGCCUCUUAACAGCAACCAUAACGAGAACACGUUAGUGAGCAGCUUCAUAGUUAAAGGGAAAUCAAACUUAAAUAAAGAGGACAAAGUGAUUUCAGAGGAUGUUGACCAAGAGCAGGAUAUCUUUGGGAGACACUUCCUGUCUCAGAAAACAUGUACAGAGUUGGAAAGGACUAGAUCUAUGGUUCCUCCACUGCGAAAAGACAACAAUGAGCAUCGACAUGUUAAACUUCACCCUUUGAGCCUCUCCGCUGAGCUUCCCAGCAUCCCUUCAGGGAGACUUUUCACCCUGGGCCAAAAUAUUAAGAGCCAUUAUGGAAGGUCCAAUGAGCCACUUGCGGCUCCGGAGACACAGGUUGCAGACCCUAGAAACUCUAGGGUGAACAUCAGUUCACCCCCCACUUUAAUGUUAAAUGGCAAGAACAAUUUUUCAGUGGAAAGCUGCAAGUUUAGCAGGCCCAAGGUACAUUAUCCAAUCCACACCCCGGUGACUGUUAAAGACGAUCAGAAAAGUUGUCUUCAUGCAGGCCAGAGUUAUUCAGACCCAAUCAUCGGAGCCCCUCGCUCUUUUAUCCACCGGAUUUCUGAGCUCUCGUCUUUGGAGGGUGAGACGGUGAGAUAUGAGAAGAUUAAGAAAAUCAGGAAGUCUAAAAAUUCUCUGUCCUGACAAUCACCCCCUUCUGAGUCGCGACGGCCCAGGAUUAAGACGUUUGAGUCUGUGCCAACAACUGAACAAAAUAAAACACUUAGUGUACCAUAUUCAUUUCACUGGCUUGUUCUGACGGCGUGUUUGUCCUCAGUGAUACUGUUUGGCUGCUUAACGUGGCUGCUUCUUACUUUUUGGGAUUCCUGACUCUCCUUAAGGGAUAAAAUGUAGUUUCAACUCAGUAUUCCCAACGGCAAUGAUGACGUGUUUUACACAAAAAAUGCGUAGAUUCUCAUUUGUCAGUAGUUUUUCCUUCCACACCUGCAUGGAAACAUGUUAUAUUUAUUUCUGUAAUGGCUUUAGUGGCCAUGAAGCAGUGAUACCAUGUUUCUCUGUGUGUGCUGUGGAUGUUGUUUAGCUUGAGUCUAAAAAUGCACCAGUGUUACAGAAAGUUUCAAACACAUUUCUGCUUUGUUUACUAAGUCAAAUUUAUGUGGAUAAAUGGCAUAGUUUAGCUGAACUCUUGUGCCUUGUUAAAUGUCUUCCUGAAAUGAAAUAAAUUUAUUUUUGUUAUU